AUGGACCCCUUCACGGACACACUGCAGCGGCUGCGGGAGGCCUUCGGCUCGGGGCGGACGCAGCCGGCCGAGUUCCGGGCUGCCCAGCUGGAGGGCCUGGGCCGCUUCCUGCGAGAGAACAAGCAGCUUCUGCAGGAGGGGCUGGCACAGGACCUGCACAAGUCGGCCUUUGAGGGAGACAUAUCGGAGAUUAUCGUCUGCCAGAACGAGGUGGACCUGGCCCUCAAGAACCUGCACGCCUGGAUGAAGGAUGAGUCAGUGGCCAAGAACCUGUUCACGCAGCUGGGCUCUGCCUUCAUCCGGAAGGAGCCCUUCGGCCUGGUGCUCAUCGUCGCCCCUUGGAACUACCCUGUGAACCUGACCCUGGCGCCCCUGGUGGGCGCCCUUGCCGCAGGGAACUGCGUGGUGCUGAAGCCGUCAGAAAUUAGCAAGGGCACGGAGAAGGUCCUGGCUGAGGUGCUGCCUCAGUACCUGGACCAGAGCUGCUUUGCCGUGGUGCUGGGUGGGCCUGAGGAGACGGGGCAGCUGCUGAAGCACAAGUUCGACUAUAUCCUCUUCACAGGGAGCCCUCGAGUUGGCAAGAUCAUCAUGGCUGCCGCCGCCAAGCAUCUGACGCCCGUCACGCUGGAGCUGGGGGGCAAGAACCCCUGCUAUGUGGACGACGACUGUGACCCCCAGACUGUGGCCAACCGCGUGGUCUUGUUCCGCUAUUUCAACACUGGCCAGACCUGCGUAGCCCCCGACUACAUCCUGUGCAGCCCUGAAAUGCAGGCAAGGCUGCUGCCCGCCCUGCAGAGCGCCAUCACCCGUUUCUAUGGCGAUGACCCCCAGAGCUCCCCGGAUCUGGGCCGCAUCAUCAACCACAAACAUUUCCAGCGGCUCCGGGGCCUGCUGAGCUGUGGCCGCGUGGCCAUCGGUGGCCAGAGUGAUGAGAGCGAGCGCUACAUCGCCCCCACGGUGCUGGUAGACGUGCAGGAGACAGAGCCAGUGAUGCAGGAGGAGAUCUUCGGGCCCAUCCUGCCCAUCAUGAACGUGAGGGGCCUGGACGAGGCCAUCGACUUCAUCAACCGUCGGGAGAAGCCCCUGGCCCUGUACGCCUUCUCCAACAGCAACCAGGUGGUGAACCGGAUGCUGGAUCGGACCAGCAGCGGCAGCUUCGGAGGCAAUGAGGGCUUCAUCUACAUGAGCCUGUCGUCCCUGCCACUGGGGGGAGUCGGCAACAGUGGGAUGGGAAGAUACCAUGGCAAGUUCUCCUUCGACACCUUCUCCCACCACCGCGCCUGCCUGCUCUCCUACUCGGGCCUGGAGAAGCUCAACGCAAUCCGCUACCCUCCCUAUUCUGAAUGGAAACAGCAGCUGAUCAGCUGGGCCUUGGGCAAGCAGAGCUGCACCCUUCUGUGAGCACCCUGCCCACCACCAGUGCUGCAUCCCCACCCCUCCAUCCCUGAAAAGUGGGCGUCGGGUCCAGGAGCACAAAGAUCCUCCUUCUGGGUUUUUUUCUGAAAAGACCUCCGGCUGGGCAGGACCUCUGGGCCACUGGUCCAGCCCCUUUCAGGGCUAAAGACCCCCCUGCGGCCUCCUGACAGAUUUGUUGACCCUCUGCUUGGACAUAUCUGGUGACGGAGAACUCAUCCCCAAGACUGAGCAUCUCUGGUGGUUAGAAAAGACUCCCUUGUGUCUGAUCUACAAAUAGGCUCCCAAAACAGAGUGAUUUCUAACAUCUUAGUCACAACUGGUUUGGGGAGCUGGGUUUGUCUGACCUGAAGUGAUCCAAUCUUGAACUCAGAUCUGGUCAUUUGGUGGUGUCUCCCUGAAUGAAUUGUGCUAUUUACAAGGACUCUGAUGAGGUCUUGUGGAAACAAGAGGAAGGUGUUCAAUAGUUGAUUAGUGAUGUCUGCUAUGGGCACA